AAUUAUCUCCAUAACCUUUGCGUAUUGUUUCUUUCAGCUUCUUUUUUUGUCUAUUUUUUCAAGUUUACGUCACUCAACCGUCAAUCCAAGUAUCCUACCCAAAUCAUAUUGAGUUUGGGGAUGAUAUGUUCAUCAUUUCUUCGGUUUUAUUGAAUGCCAAACACGGUUAUUUUCCUUGAUUUUCUGGGUUUCUGAGAGAAAGAAGAAUUGAAAUGGGGAGGCUGUUUGUGUUAACUCUGGAAGGAAAGAUGUAUAGCUGCAAGCACUGUGGAACACAUCUGGCUCUUUCUGACCACAUCGUUUCCAAGUCUUUCCACUGCAAACAUGGGAAGGCUUAUCUCUUCAGUAAGGUAGUGAAUAUCACUUGCGGCCCUAAUGAAGAGAGGAUGAUGACGACCGGAAUGCACACUGCUGCAGACAUUUUCUGCGUCGGGUGUGGGUCCAUUGUUGGCUGGAAAUAUGAAACCGCUCACGAGAAGGAUCAGAAGUACAAAGAAGGAAAGUCUGUCCUUGAACGGUUUAAGAUUACCGGUCCUGAUGGAAGCAGCUACUGGGGAAGUCAACGAGUUGGUCCUGAUUAUGUCUGAUCAAAUCUCUGAAGUUCAUUUUCUAUCCCCUAAUUUGUACAUUCUCUACCUAUGCCAUGUUCCUGUUCUUUUAACUGAAGAACUAUCAACUGUGUUCUGUAAUUAGUUGUCUCUUGCUUCAGAAAUUAUAACUCAGUGUAUAAAAUUAUUAAGUUGAACUCUAUGUACAUUCUCUACCCACACCAUGUUUCUGUUCUUUUAAGUGAAAUAAAUAGUUCCAACUCCCAAGUCUCAAGUGUGCUCUUCCUUCAGAUAGUUGUUGCUUAAACCUUUGAACUCUGUAUAUUAAUAUUAAGUUGAUCUUUA